AUGAAGGCCGACGAAACCGGAUCCACCGGAGCAAAGCUUUCUAUUGACUCGGUGCAUACCGAUCUUAAAAUUGGGUUCGAUUCUCCAAGGAGUCCCAUAAUACCAAGCAGCAGCUCAGGCUCAAGCGCUCCUUCCUCACAAGUACCCACACAACCUACUGCCGCACCGCGGCACUCCCUCUCCAGUCUUGAAAUUUCUGAUGGAAAUGUUGAUGACGAAGACUAUGACCAUAUGAACGUGGCUGACUCCCCAGAGGGCCCACUUCUCCCGGGCCUUGGCGCCAACAUGGCGCUCGAAGAGCUUGCAAUAGGGUCGGGCAAGAGCAAUCUCAAAAUGGCCUUUAUGAACAUGGCUAACAGUAUCAUUGGUGCCGGCAUCAUUGGACAGCCUUACGCUGUUCGCCAAAGUGGCCUUGUUGGCGGCUUAGUGCUUCUUGUUGGGUUAACCAUCGUUAUCGACUGGACAAUCCGUCUCAUGGUUGUCAAUGCUAAAAUGAGCGGCACCGAUACUUUUCAAGCAACUGUCGCACAUUGCUUUGGCAAGAUUGGUCUUAUAACGAUUUCUCUGGCCCAAGGGUUAUUUGCUUUUGGUGGAUCCAUGGCCUUUUGCGUCAUUAUUGGCGAUACCAUACCUCAUGUUAUUCUAGCACUUUUCCCAAGCUGGGAAACAUUACCAGUCCUAUCUUUCUUGGUGCGCCGCAACUCCAUCAUCGUCAUUUGCACAACCUUUAUCUCAUACCCCUUGGCUUUAAAUCGUGACAUUUCUAAGCUGGCCAAAGCAUCGGCUUUGGCCCUUGUCUCAAUGCUGAUCAUUGUGCUCACAGUUGUCAUUCGAGGACCUCAACUUUCUUCCGAAAUGAAGGGCAGCUUUUCUCUCCCACUGCUGACGAUCAACUCUGGCCUGCUCCAGGGCGUCAGUGUCAUUUCUUUUGCUUUUGUAUGCCAUCACAAUUCGCUCCUCAUCUACGAUUCUUUAAAAAAGCCUACUAUGGACCGUUUUGCAAUUGUAACUCAUUGGUCCACAGGUGUCUCCAUGGUGGCAUGCAUCGCCAUGGGCGUUGGUGGAUUCUUAGUUUUUAAAGACCGCACAAAGGGAAAUGUCCUUAACAACUUCCCUCCUGAUGAUACUAUGGCUAACAUUGCCCGGUUCUGCUUUGGUCUCAAUAUGCUGACAACUCUUCCGUUGGAGAUUUUUGUGUGCCGUGAGGUCAUUCUAAACUACUUUUAUCCUUCGAAUUCGUUACCUGAAGGAGCUGGGGGUGAAUCUUUCAACUACCGCCGUCACGUCAUCACUACCACUGUUCUUGUUUUCACAGCCAUGUCUAUAUCCCUCUUUACAUGUAAUCUUGGUGUAAUUCUCGAAAUCGUGGGAGCCACUUCAGCAUGUGUCAUGGCCUACGUGCUACCGCCAAUGUGUUUCAUCAAGCUUACAGGAAACCGCAGUUUGCGCAAUCUUUUGCCAAGUUAUAUCUGUGUGAGUUUUGGUAUCCUGGUCAUGGUAAUUUCGACUGUGCAGAGCAUAGUCAAAAUUGUGGCCGGUGGUGAUGGGUCGGAGGAUCACUGCGUGCAGUGA